AUGGCAAUCACGACGACCGGAGAGAAACCCCAACCUCGCCCAGUUGAGCUUGAGCAUGUCGACACGCGGACUGCGCCUGGAAAGAGUGAGGCCGCUAUCGAGGCAGCAAAUAGAGGACAGCUUGUGACAGGCUAUGAGCACCUCACCGUCUUCGAGACCAUCAAAACAUUCAAGCUUGCCACUCUGGUGUGCUUCGCAAUGGCCUUUAGCGCUGCCACUGAUGGGUAUCAGAUUGGGAUCAACGCGAGUAUCAUUGCCAACAAGGGAUUUGUGGCUCAAUUUGCAACGCAGACAUCCGCGGAUGGGUCUCCCGCUCUUGCUUCCCCGAUCCUCAGCGGUUGGAGUUCCAUCAUGUCCUGCGGCCAAAUUAUUGGUAUGACGAGCUUGCCCUUCUUGUCGAGCCGAUAUGGUCGUAAAGUCGGCAUGUACUCGUACUGGCUUGUGCUGGUUGGCAGUGUAAUUGCCGAGUCAGUAACCACGGUCUGGCAGGGCUGGCUAGUCGGCAAACUCCUUGCAGGAAUUGGAGUCGGCUGCGUCCAGUCGAACGUUCCCACGUAUAUCUCCGAGGUGGCACCGGUUCGGAUUCGCGGUACUUUGUUGAUGGCUUACAGUUUGUGGUGGACGCUGGGUUCGUUCUUCGCCCAGGUCGCUCUGCAGCAUCUCUCGCGCAGUGACCCCACGGAUUUCCGAACCCCCAUUUACACGCAAUGGGCCCAACUCGGACUGAUGUUGCUAAUAUAUCUUGUGGUACCGGAGACCCCGGCAUGGUGUGUAAACGCCGGAAAGCUGGAUCGAGCCAAGAAAGAGCUCCUGAAGCUACAUCGAGGAGUGGAAAACUAUGAUGUGGACCAUCAGUUGCAGGUUUUGGUGAUGUCCGCAGAACACGAACGCGCCUUGGCAGUCGAACAGCGCCGGGAACAUUGGUAUGAAAUAUUCCGCGGAACUAACGGACUGCGGACGGUCAUCUCGUUGUGGACGAACAUGUCGCAGCAAUUCAUUGGAUUGACUCUGUUCGGAACGUUUGGGACGUACUUUUUCCAGCAAGCCGGUAUCGACGAUCCCUUCCGAGUCAAAGUCAUUACCUCCUCAAUCCAAAUUGGCACAGUCCUUGUGCUAGUCACGGUUGUCGACUUCACGGGGCGUCGGCUGCUCGCUUGUAGCGGGACCACCCUGUCAUGGCUGUCGUGCAUUGCUAUUGGGAUCAUCGGAGUGGCGCCGGAGGUAAAGGCGUCCACGUAUAUCUUCGUCAUGUUUGCCUGUUUCUGGAAUGUCGGACUCGCCGCAAAUGGCGCCACUGGCUGGGGCUACAUCGGCGAAAUCUCCUCCCAACGCCUGCGACCGUAUACCGCCGGCUUCGGCGCUGCAUCAACCUGCGUGAUCGGAGUGAUUAUGAACGUUCUGGUGCCGUACAUGACCAACGCGAAUGAGUGGAACUGGGAGCUGAAGACGGGAUGGUUCUAUGCGGGGGUUGGUGCCCCUUUCGCACUUGGAAUGUGGUUUCUGAUCCCGGAGACUACCGGACGAUCCGCGGCGGAAUUGGAUGAGUUGUUUGAACGCAGGAUCAAGCCGUGGAGGUUCCACAAAACGAGAACGGCAACACAACGCUUGGUUCAAGAGGAGGCCCACUAG